AGCGAAUCGCGAUGGACUGAUUCAAUGAUGACCAGAAAACCUAGAUCCAAACUCACCGCGCAGAGGGAAAGGUAUUUCUAUCAAUCCAUGUUGGCGGCGGCCAGUCCAGCCCCAGCAUCGGUGCUUCCAGGGCCGCAUCGGUGUGGAGCUCGAUGCCGGUGCCAACUCACUCCGCAUCACCACACAUGCCCCAUCCCAUAAGCCGCACAAAGCUAGCCCUUUGUACGCUGUCCCUCCCAACGUCGUCAUGCAACAUGCACUUGUCACCGCCUGUGCCUGAUCGCCAGCCUCGCCCACAUCGCAACUAACUACGCUCUUACCUCCAACUCCCCCUGCCGCCCGCUAUAUAGCUGGGCUGUGGCCAUGCACAAGGCGCUGCUCUGAAGAGGCCAUGACCAUGGAUGCCGAGCCCAGCUGCGCAAUAUGUAGCGCCCCCAACCACGCCGGCUGCCACUGCGAGUCCGAGCGGCUGCAGAUCGCACUCGACCAGGCCGAGAGCCGCGCCAUGGACAGUCGUCUCGCCGACACACGCGAAUGGGUCCUCUUCCACGCCCGGCACCACAUCCAACUCGCCUUCCAGCGCCUGAGCAGCAUCCGCCAGCACGCGCAAACCGCAUACUUGAACUCCCUGCCGCACUACGACGUCUACAUGCGCUUCUCGGGCGCGCCGCCCAUCCAUCCGCUCGCCAUCGCACAGCUGCAGUCGCAAAUCGCCGAGGCCCACGCUGAGUUCAAGCGCGGCAUUGAUCUCGAUUGGCGCGCGUCGGUGCUGCGGUACCCGGAGGUGCUUGAUUAUUUCUACAGUCUGGUCGAUCUGAAACUGCCGGGCGAGGAUAGCCGGAAGGUCAUCGAGCCGCCGUUUGCGGCCGCCGGGUACCAGGAUAGAGGAUAUAUCCCGGCACCGGAGGUGAGUAGGGUCGGGAGUGAGAAGCCGAAGAAGAAGAAGAGGAGGGAUAGCGCGGGGAUGGGCAGGAUGGAGAGGAUGAUGUGGGCGCCGCCGGAGGUGCCGAGUCCGCCGUCACAGCGUCCGGGGUAUGGAGGGCCUGUGCCGGGUGGAUGGCGGUAGAUGGCUCAUGGUUUUGCAUGGUUGGCGUUGGCCUGUUUCUUGCUUUUUUGUGUGUAUCUGGAGCAUGUCUCCUCGUCUUGAGCGAAGCAUAGCGAGGAGCGGUUGUUAAUGAGUGCAAGCUUGUAACUCUCGCUUUGGAUUCGACACAUAAGUCAUGUUCUGCUUACACAGCACUCAAUGAGCUCGAGGUGUCUACCUUUGAUAGAGAUAUGUUUGGGAGCAGGCAUUGCUCAAUUGACAUCAGCAAAACAUUCUCAUCCACUUCAUACACAAGACGGAGGAU